AUGCAGACACGCUCAUUAAGCUACCUACUGGUCGCAAACUCUGCAAGAUGGACGAGUCAAUCGUCUGGAAGGAGUGGAGAGAGUUUAGAAGAUGAGGACGAGUCCAAAGGACGGGUUGAAAGCUUUGCGCUCUCCCGUCGAGUACAAGGCUUGUCCAAAUUAGGAAGCAAUGCUGGAUACAGAUUGUAUGGCUAUGGAUCUCUGGAAACAUCACCGCAGAGUGCAACCACGCAUUCGUGCCUGUCACCGAGCAGCGCCCCAGACGCGUCGGCGUUGAUUGAAAUAAGAGAUCUUGAAAUCAAGUCAGUAUGCCAGCAGCCAAAUUCCUUUGGUGCAAACUUGCCCAGCUAUAAGAAUACUCAUGAGUUCAUAUAG